UUUGCCUUCGUCACAAUUUUACCAAAGCCAACUCCAAAGCCAAAGCCAAAGCCAGCGACCGUGUCUCUCUCUUUUGUUUCGAACGCCUCUGUCCUUCUCUCGGGGGUUGAAUCAAGAAGCGCAAAUCCACAUCAACAUCAACAACAACAAGCAGGCCCUUUUUUGCUGUUUUUGAACUGUUUCUGAAUCCUGCCACGAGGAUUACCGCCUUAUUGCUCAAAAACAAAACGCAAACCUUCGCGCUCGCUCGCUGAUCACGGAUCAGUCCACGCCACACUUGCUUCCUGCAAUCCUGGUCCCGCUACCAAAGUCACACCUGCUUCAAGCACGCACAAGCGCUCGCUCCGUGACUCGGCGGAACGAACAACAAAUUUUCAAGAUCAAACUGAUCUGACUCUGUUGGACUCAUCACCAAGGAGGACUCGAUCCACAGCAAAACAACAAUGGCAGGCGACGACGAAAUCAUCUACACGGACAUGACCAGCUACUGGAACCCAUUCGAGGUCUGGGCGGUUGCCAUGUGCACGCUGGUCUUGAGCCUCCAGUUUUUGGUCGCGCUGUACAUGGUCAUCCAUCGCGAUUGGAAGCCGUUCAAGGCCAAGCAGCCCUGGUCGCUCUUUCUUGGAGCCUCGGCCGCCAUCAUUAGCUUCGUGGCCGAGCUGCACUCACAAAUUCUCAUUCCAAACGACUACCCCGUGCUCAGUGCUUGCGCGUUGUGGCGACAGUGGUUUUUUGUGACCUUUGGCAUGGGGCUGAUUUCCGCCUGCUUGCUCUACCGCCUGUUUAUGCGAUGGAUUGUGCUCGACUUUCUCAGCUCCCGCUUUGCAGCCACCCACCGGAAGAUUGACCGAACCUUCAUCCAGAUUCUGGGCGUCGGGGUCAUCUACGUGCCCAUGCUCGUUCUCAGCAUUGUCAAUUCAACCGCGGGUGAAACCUCGUUGGGCCCGCUCGUGUUGGCGAACGGCCAAGUCAUUCAAGUGUGCUACACCAGGACCAAGGUGCUCAACUACUCGUUGAACUGCUUCAUUGGAAUCUACUGUGCCGCAAUGGCCUUGUGGUGGACGCACGCGCUGCGCGAUGUGCGACGGUCCUUUAACGAGUUCCGAGCUGGGCGGCCUGCUCUGAUUUUUGCCGUCUGCUGCCUGCUCUCGUACCUUGCCUUGCUAUUCGUAAUCGAUUCGAGCAAGUACUACUACCGCGCCGUCUUCCUGCUCCUCAAUACCGGCAUCACAUCGCCCAUUUUUUGCGCGGUCGUGUUCGAUGUUAUUACCAGCUGGUUUGUCCGAAGGCAGGAGGAAGAGGACGUCUUUGAGGCCGGGUUGGCCAUGACCAUGCUUACACAUGCCCCUCGUCGCGGCCGAAGGGGCAACACGUACGACGAGCGCAACCACCCCGGCUCAAAGGCAAGCACGCAUGCCUCUGGAGAUUCCGGGCGCAAUACUCCCAAAGCCACCACCGUCGAGUAUACCGAAUACAAUGUCGAACUCGAGGAGGAGAUGGAUGACGAGCAAGUUGUCGUCGGCGUCGAGGAAUUCGUGCCGACUGGGAUGCAGUCCCCCGCUCCCAACUCGGUAGUUGCCCAGCCGAAUCCAGGCGCGCCGCCCGCAGCUGAUUCGCCUCCAGAAACAUCUUAACACCUUUGAAACUUUUGUUAUUCCUUUCUGGGCAAGUUUGUUGGUUGAAUCCCUCGUUUGGUUUCCCCCCCCCCCAAAUGAUUGGGUCAACGACGUUAUAGUUUCGCACCCUCCUUCAAGGUUGUCCUUCAAGGUUGUCCAACCACUCUUUGUAGAUCUCCGUGACUCUUCUAAGGUCACUUCGUUCGUUAUAGUUAGCGGGUUGCUGUUGUAUGCAAAGCUGUACAACGCCAAACAUGUAAUAGUCAAACCAAUUCCUUGUUGCUCAAUACAAACUUUCAAG